AUGCCAUCCAUUAAACACACUGACGACGCCUUCAAGAAGACCCAACAAAUCGUUGGGAAGCCCAAAACGACCGACCAUAACAUCCACGAAGAUUACGUUCGUAACCCACCUAAUAACGACCAAGUCCCCGCAGUCGCUCCCAGCCGAUCCGAAGUGAAACUGUCGAUCCCGCAGCAAAUACAAGAGAAGGCGCAGGAGGACAGGCGGCCUAUUAUCAUCGAGGAGCGCAAGGAAGUGCUUGGUGUAAAUCAAUCCCUGGGAAGAGAGAAGAAGACAGAUGAUUUGGCGGAGAUUGCUCGAGAAAGUUCGGUACACCCGUAA